GAAGAGGGACACGCCGAGACGGAAGAGACACAGAGAGAGAGAGAGAGGGGCAGAGGAAAAAAUCAACCCACCUCCACCACCGGGCAGAGGAGAGAGGAGCGACCUCCGCCGCGCUGCCGCGGUGUUGACCCCUCCCCCCACGCUGGAUCCCCCCACGGCGGCGGGCGCGUCCUUCGGCGGCGGCGGCGCGUUGUUAUGCCGAGAGGCGCCCAGGUUUCAACACCAUUCGCCUCUGGGUUUCUAGCAUUCUCAGAAAGGAUAUGGAGCACACCCUCUAUGCAAGUUCCCCUGUAUCCCACGUCUCGCUGCUUGAGCAAGUUCUUGGCUGGAGAUUUUGUCUUUACGGAGACUUCCUUGUCAUCUCCUUCGUCAAUUGCACCUGAAGAACACACCUGGCUUAGCGACUACCGUGCCUGGUCCCAUGCUACUGGACAUUAGGGUCGACUAGUGAUUGCGGUGCACAUCUAUUCGAGCAUGGUGCGUCUCUUCUCUGGCAACAUUUUCGUAAUUUUUGCCGUGGCACUGGCCAGCCAGCAAAAGUUACCAUCAGAACUUCUUUGGACACUUGGGAUCUAACCCGUAGAUCCUCCUUGUCGGUUACAAGCUCUAGCAGGUUCUGGUUUUCUUUGCUUCUGUCAGCUCUCUUCUCCCCUAUCACUGCGAGUUUUCAGUUUGUCCGGCUUGAUCUUUGGUGUGUAUAGUGUGCACUGUUCUUCAUCGGGCUUCACUUCUGAUGGCGUAACGUGAGGGCAAAGGUGUUCAAGUUUAUUUGUCACAAAGUAUGGGUAUUGCUUACAGACGUUUGAAAAAAGCCUGCAGUGACUUUGGUGAUCUACUCUCCAAAGACAUUCCGGCAAUACGCGUAUGAGUCUUGUUUGUGUUUAUAGGACUGUUCAAAAAUAAGGACAGCUUUGCAUUCUAGCUAAUAAAAUGCAGAGGUAUAACAUUAUUACGGAAGUGGGUGACGGUACGUUUGGUAGUGUUUGGCGUGCAAUCAAUAAAGAAAGUGGCGAAGUGGUCGCAAUCAAGAAAAUGAAGAAAAAAUAUUUUUCUUGGGAGGAGUGCAUCAAUCUCCGUGAAGUUAAGUCCCUCCGAAGGAUGAACCAUCCAAACAUUGUGAAGCUCAAGGAGGUCAUAAGAGAGAAUGAUACGCUGUUCUUUGUUUUUGAAUACAUGGAAUGCAAUCUCUAUCAGCUGAUGAAGAGCAAGGGCAAGCCUUUUUCGGAGUCUGAAAUCCGGAACUGGUGCUUUCAAGUAUUUCAAGCUCUUAGUCACAUGCAUCAACGUGGAUACUUUCAUCGUGACCUUAAGCCUGAAAAUCUGCUAGUUACAAAGGAGCUCAUCAAGGUAGCUGAUUUUGGGCUUGCUCGUGAGAUUAUUUCUGAACCACCAUACACAGAAUAUGUGUCAACUCGCUGGUAUCGUGCCCCAGAGGUUCUACUUCAAGCUUCUGUUUACAGCUCAGCAGUUGACAUGUGGGCUAUGGGCGCCAUUAUUGCAGAGCUUUUUUCACACCGACCUCUUUUCCCUGGCUCAAGUGAAGCAGACGAGAUAUACAAAAUCUGUAGCAUUCUUGGCACACCAAAUCAGCAUACUUGGGCUGGAGGACUGCAGCUGGCAGCAUCUAUCAAUUUUCAGUUUCCUCAGUCUGGAAGCAUAAAUCUUUCAGAAGUGGUUCCCACAGCAAGUGAAGAUGCGCUGAACCUUAUUUCGUGGCUUUGCUCAUGGGACCCACGUAAACGGCCAACCGCAGUGGAGGUUUUGCAGCAUCCCUUCUUUCAGCCAUGCUUCUAUGUCCCCCCUUCACUUCGUUUCAGAUCGACCGGAUAUGCAACAACACCACCAUCAGUUGGGGCUAAAGGAGCUAUGGACCAGAAGAAUGCUAGGAGAUACCCUGUGGGGUCUUUAUCCAAUGGGAGGCCGGCAGUCAAUAACUCGUACUUGAGCACUAAUAACGUCCCAGCAAGAGCAGCUGGCGUGCAAAGGAAGCUAGAGUUGGAUCAUCAGGUGAAACCAGAGAGCAACCAUAAGCUGACGAAGGAGAACGCUAUGAACCAGCCCUGGUCCAGACUACCACCAGCACCAGUGAGGAGCAAAGGGAACAACUACCUUGCUGCCAAGGAGCAGAUCCCUCGGGGCGGCGCGCCUGACAUAGCCGAGAAGCUGUCCCAGCUGUCGAUGGCCUCCACCACCAACCGGGCGCCGAUCGUGCCUUCGGACAGGUUUGCUGACCUGAAGGGCACUACUAGAGCCCACCAACCGGAGCCCGUGAGGCGGCCCGUGCCUCUGGGACCCAGGGACACGUGGCAUGCCCGGAACGACCCCUUCCGGCGCACCUAUGAGAUGCCGGGCGAGAGGGCUCUCCUCCAAAGGAAGCUCGUCAGCUGAGGACCAUCCCACCAACGCCGUCCAUGUGCCCCUUGGCAUCAUCGCCGCCACCACCACCACCGACCACAAUAAUCCAGCGGCCUCCUUCCAAGUUUGUGUCUCCCUUUGGUCGUUGGUGUUGUGAUUUGAAAAUAAAAGCCCACUCUCCCCCGGCCCUGGCGUCGGCGGUGGGAGUGAAGAGUACUGCGUGUUUCCUUUGAGCUUUGUCAGAAACGUGGAUGAUGAUGUAUGCUUUGUGAUUUGUGUGCGAACCUACCGACGAUCGCUUGUUCAUGUGACCUGUGUAGCCGCUGGUGUAUCGUGGCUAAACUUGUUGAUUUUACUUUGGUCGUUGAUCCA